AAAACAAACUUGUACAAUCAUUCAUUGUAUUUGUUUACAAAGGCAUAAACAGAUGGACUAUUGUCCUCAGACCUAUUAUCGUUAAAAUUGAAUGGAAACAUAUCUUGAGAUCUUCGUUUAUUAUCAUUUAUUUCCUCUACUUGGAAUCGCGCUUGUGCUUCGACCGAGCUGGUUGUUUAAAAAAUGGAGGCAGCAAUGGCUUACAUGUAUGUACCUUUCUCUUUACUAUACCGCUAUUGUAUCUUUCUUUUUUCAUUUACAGUUGAUAUCAAUCGUACCUCGAAAAACAAUAUUUACGAUUGCUCAAGUACCUGUGGAAGAAUACCUUAGUCAGUUCGGACACUUGUUGUUCACUUCAUCUGUCUACGUUUUUAUGAAAAGGAGAAACUAUUAUGUUCCACAAAAGUUUGCUUCCGGUACAUGGCAUGUUUAUUUGACUAUUGGACUGGCAAGUGCUGCCGUAUGUGUUUCAGCAAUGGAUCGUUCGGUCCUGCCGUGGGGAAGUAUUAUAUUUUUUAUGUGCUCUUUACUUGCUUUCCUUCUUUGUUUCCGUAUUACUGUUCCUAGAAUUGCUGCAUUCAAAUGUAUUAGUUUAUGCUCAGCGUAUGCUGUAUUUGUACAAAUGCAAAAAUCAAAGUCUAUACUUAUAUCAAGCCCUUCUCUCAACACUAGCUCUAGUUAUUUUCCUCUAGCUUGCUUUUCGGUGUAUUUGGUUCAAGGCUUUUGUAGCAUUACUGCGUUGGAAAUUUCUGACAAUUUGAAGCAAAACAAGGAACAGAAGCUUCUUUUAGGCUCCCAUAAGGAUUUAUUUGAUAGCAUAAAAGACAUUUGCAAUGAGUUUUCCCUUGACUAUGAAUAUGCUGCUUCUACCUAUCUGGAACCCUUUAUUCGAUUACGAUUGUCUUUUCUGUGUUCUUGGUUACUGAAAUCCUUACAUUGGAAAUUAUUGAAAGAAAAUUCUAGCUUAAAUGUUAGGAAGACAAAGUCGAAAGCAGAAGACAAUGAUCUAAAGAAUUCACGUAUAUCCCGUGACACAGAAGCGAAGUUAAUGAAAGGAGUGGCCUCUUUGAAGAGUUUGGAUUAUAAAAAUGCUUCAUCUUUUUUUGCAAGUGGGAUUCUUGAUUCUUUCCUUGAAUGGUCCGAUGCAGACAUAACAGACGAUGAUAGAAAACGUUUACACUCCGUCGCCCACCGAUGCGCACAACUACGUUCAUUUCCUUCUCAGCAUUCUGAAGAAAUAUUUGCUCCUUCUGAAUUAAGUAUAUUAGAUGCUUUAUCGCCAGAAGUGAAUGAGGCCCUGUUGCAUUAUAUUUUCUCUCUGCAAUCGACCGUUCGACUGUAUCAUGAUAAACAAUUUUUAAAGGAUAGAAUUAUCCAAAACUUUCUUAAAUCUUAUUACUUCCAUGUUUAUUAUCCAUCUAUGUCAGCCUGUCUUUUAAUAGUUGGUUUUAUUAUACGGGUUAUUCUCAUCAACUACGGAAAUUGGCAUGAUAGUAAAUCUGCGCUUAAGUAUACAGACGUUGAUUAUUUUGUCUUUACUGACGCAGCCAGGUAUGUUUCUCUAGGUGAAUCGCCCUAUAUGCGGGAUACAUAUCGCUAUACACCUCUUUUGGCAAUUUUCUUGUUGCCAACUCAAUUUGGCUUUCCAUCUUGGGGAAAGUACAUGUUUUCCAUAUGUGAUAUAGUUGCUGGUUGGAUUAUCAUCAAAAUUUUGAACCGUAAACUGUCUCUAGAAAAAUCACUGCUAUAUGCUUCAUUUUGGAUCCUAAAUCCACUUGUUGCCGUAAUUAGCACAAGAGGAAAUUGCGAGGCUAUUUUAGGUGUCUUGAGUGUUGCACUCAUUUUACUCUUAGAAAGAAAGCAUGUAUGGUUGACAAGUUUCUUACUUGGCUUCUCGGUACAUUUCAAAAUAUAUCCCUUUAUCUAUGGAAUCGCGUUUUUAUUCUACUAUGCAGAUACAUCGAAUAAAGGAUCUCUUUGGAAAAGAGUCGCUUGUUCUGUUUCUGUUAAUCAAAUAAAGAUAUUAUUUGGCUCUCUUCUGAUAUUCACCGUGUGUAACCUCUUCAUGUACACCAUUUAUGGACGUCCAUUUUUAGAGCAUACUUAUAUAUACCACCUUGGACGAACAGAUCAUAGGCAUAAUUUCUCAGCUCAUCAUUUAAGCCUUUAUUUUGAGUCAGCCUCCAAGGAGAAACUUACAUCAUUCCUUGCCUUUUUUCCUCAGAUUCUACUUUGUACUUUAAUUGCUGCUGUUUAUUCUAAAAAGACUUUUGCUGGUACGCUUUUCGCACAGACAUUUGCAUUUGUAACCUUCAACAAAGUUUGCACAAGUCAGUAUUUUCUGUGGUAUCUAAUAUUUCUGCCAUUAAUUCUGCCAAACUCAAAACUUAUUGGCAAGAAAGGUUUGAUUUGUCUACUUCUGUGGAUAGCUGGUCAGGCGGUCUGGCUUAUAAACGCGUAUCGUCUAGAAAUUCUUGGAAAUUCUGUAUUUAUUACAUUAUGGUUAUCCGGUUUAUUCUUCUUCACCGCGAAUGUUUACAUUCUGAAAACAAUUUUAGAAUGCGUAUAAAGAUUCAUGAUAGUUUAAUAGUCUAUAAUUUAAACUUAUUUUAUGUCGUUUUAUGAUUAAGUGCUUAUGUCUUCUUUUGCUACAAAGUUAAGGCGACACUUUCAUUCAGACAGUUUUAUGCAAUGUAAACGACCCUUUC